AUGAGCGUGACUUCGUGGUUCUUGGUGAGCAGCACCGGUAUUCGCCACCGGCUCCCUCGGGAGAUGAUAUUUGUUGGCAGAGAUGACUGUGAACUGAUGCUCCAGUCCCGCAGUGUCGAUAAGCAGCAUGCUGUAAUCAACUAUGACAAGGAGAAAGAUGAGCACUGGGUGAAGGAUCUUGGGAGCUUAAAUGGCACAUUCGUCAAUGAUGUGAGGAUUCCUGACCAGAAGUACAUCACCCUGAAACUGAAUGACGUCAUUCGCUUUGGCUAUGAUUCAAACAUGUAUGUGCUGGAACAAAUUCAACACAAAGUCCCAGAAGAAGCAUUAAAGCAUGAGAAGUACACCAGCCAACUGCAGAUGAAUUACAAAGGCACGGCAAUGAAGAGGGCAGAGCAGCCCAUGGAGCAUGGUGUCUACAGUGAGUCCCCACAAGCAAAGAUGGAGAAAGGAGAGAGGAAAGCAAUUACAGAAACCAAUACCUACCGCACCCCUCUUUAUGGGCAGCCCUCCUGGUGGGGGGAAGAUGAUGCAAAUAACAAGGAGGACAGAAGGCAAGAGGAACAUUACUCAGAAAGAUCAAAAGAGAUAACCCAACAUGAAGAAGAACUGAAUGGUAAUAUUUCUACUUAUAGAGAUUCCCAAGAACAGUCUGUGUUUGCUUUUCGGAGAGAGCCAAGUUACUUUGAGAUUCCAACUAAAGAAUUUCAGCAGCCAUCAAAAUCGCCAGAAACACAGGUCCAUGAGAUCCCAACAAAGGAUAUCGAUGCUGUAGUAGCCCCAGUUGUACAGAGUCAUGCCUCUUUCACCAUUGAAUUUGAUGAUGGUACUCCUGGUAAAAUAAAGAUAAAAGACCAUGUAACUAAAUUUUCGCUCAGACAGAGAAGACCAUACAGUAAGGAACCAGCUCAUACGGCAGUGCUGUCAGCGGAGAGCAAAGUGGCUGACUGGUUGGUCCAGAAUGACCCAAGCUUGAUGAGACGGCAGUCUCCAGGAGAUGAUGUGUACAGUACAAAGAGUGACCUGCCAGUUCAUGUGAGGACGCUUAAAGGUUCCUGGUCGUUGACUGAAUCGUGUUGUGUGCCUUCACACCAGUUUCCUUCUCCAAAAAAAGGCAAUAGGCACGAGGACGGGACACAGAGUGACUCUGAAGACCCUGUUGCACCCAAGGCAGAGAAGGAGGCAACAACAACAGGCAGUGAACGUGUGACGGAGCAAGCCAGGCUACAGCGUCAGAUGAGACGUGAUCCCCAUGAGAUGCUGCACAACAAGCAGGCCUUUGUCAUUGAGUUCUUUGAGGACACGCCGCGGAAGAAACGGUCACAGUCCUUCACACACAGUGCACACUCCUCCCAGAGUGACACCGAUCCAGGGCUGAAGACCAAGGCUGAAAAACGCAAAAACGCAUUGCCAGCGGAGAAGUUGGGAAAUGUGGCACCACCGUCUCACCUUGGGGCCCAGGGGGGCAAACCCAGUAACAGCUCCUCUGGGACCCAAAGAACUAGCUCGUUCAAGAGGGAGAAAACUGAGGAUAGGAUCAACUCUUCAUCCUCCUCUGCUUCCAGAGCAUCAGCCAAAACAUAUGGAAGUGUUGGAAGAAAGUCUAAAAUGGCUCAGGAUUUUAUGGCUGAGUACUUGAGGGAGGCUGCUCAAUCUGGGAAGCCAAGCACUGAGAAACCAGCACCUCUGUCUGUGCCGGUAGCUCCACGUGUGGUUGUAUCUUCAGAACCAGAGUCUGCUUCUGCUCCACCUCCAGAGGUAAAGUCAGCCCAGGGCAGGAGGAAUGAUGAGGAGGACAGUGUGAGUGAGACGGGCACAUACACCAUCGAGACAGAGUCACAGGAUAAAGAGGUGGAGGAAGCACGAAAGAUGAUAGACCAGGUUUUUGGUGUUCUUGAAUCACCUGAAUUUACCAGAAUCUCUUCAGCCUUUAGACCAAUAAUUAAAGGUGAAAAAGAUGACUCCAGUUCUCAUCAGCAUCUAAUCAGUGAAAAUGGCACUAGUCAAAAGUCAUCCUUGCUCCAGGCAUUUGCCUCAAAAGCUGCGAGUGGGUCUCAAGCUGAUGUGCAGAUGUCUGCGGCAUCUCAAGGGAGUCAGAAGUGGGUAUCUAGGUGGGCAAGCCUUGCAGACAGUUACUCUGACUCUGGAUCUGUCUCUGGGCAGGGUGAUGGAGGUACAGAAAGUGGUGUAGCCCCAAAACCUGGGGAACCAGAAAACACUGUGCCCUUGAGAACAAGGCGCCUUCUUCCCCAGCUCCCACCAAGUGAUAAAUCAGACAGUCCCACACCUGCAGCAGUCCUGGUUUGCCAGGAGUCCUAUUCUGAGGUUACCAAGAGAACUAUUGUGAAGGACCACUGUGUGGAAGCCUAUGGUGAUCCCAAUAGCCGCCUCUUUAUUCAAGAAGACUUGGAUCCAGAUAGCCUCAGUGAUGCCAGCAGAUCUGAUGAUGGCUUCAGCGCAGACAAAGGCAAGAAAUAUAGAGAGAGCAAUAAAAUGCUAGAGCAGGUGGGGGAAGACACAAGAUCAGAGAGCUGGCAGCCAGGAUCCUCCCAGGUCUCAAGCAUGAGAGCUGUAAGUGAGCCAAUUUCAACUUCUUUCUACAUUGGUGAUGGCAGCAAUGAUGCAGAGAUUCCCUCCAAGCUCUCUCUGAACAUGUCACAUGCUCGAGCAGAGAAAGACAGCAAGGAUCAGGAGUUUUCCUUCAAGUCUGCUGGCACGUCAGUUCCUGGAAAGCCACCAGUCAAAGAUGUUAGUGCUUACAUAAACGCAGCUGGAAAAGUGGUUAUUUCCCUUCAUCAGAAUCUUCCUCAAGAUCAAGAAAACAUGGCAGGAAAGGAAACAUCUUUUGUUAGGCAAGAAAGUUUUACCAAAGAUAAAUCAAGCAGUGGUGUUCCUCAAAAUAAACUCCCACAUAUUUCAAGUCACCCUCUGCUUAAAGAUUUAGAGGCUGUUCGAUCAACUCGUAUGGACUUUGGUCAGGAAACUCAUCUUCUCCUUAAGGACACUGAAACUGCCUUGGCAGCACUGGAAGCCAAAUUACUUUGUCAAAGUCAACAGCUGGAGCCCUCAGAAUCUGCCGGUCAGCUGGAGGACUCCUUGUCAGGGGACUCGGAUGUGGACACUGCUAGCACGGUCAGCUUGGUGAGUGGGAAGAACGUCCCAACAAACGCCCCAAAACGUAAAGCAGUCACGAGCUUGCAGAAGGAGAAAUCUUCUUCCACACCAUCCAUCCAGGACCAGUAUGGGCAGCCCAGCGCUCGGGACAGGCUGACGGAGAAGCGGAAAACGCAAGCACCAGAAGCAUCAAACCACACGGAGACUGCUAAACGCUUCCAGAUGAAGCGGAGCACUGGGACUCGAGGUUCACUUGACUUCACAGAUGAUGAGAGAAGCUCAAGCUUGCCCUACCUGCCAGUCCCUGAUGCGGUUGUAUCUGACCACGAGCACUCAGUAACUCGUCCAGCUCCCAGAAGGAAACCUUUUACUCAGGCCACCAAGGAGGAGCACAGCAAAACGACCUUGAAUGUGCAGAAAAUCCAGCAAGUUCUCACUCGCUCCAACAGUUUAUCCACCCCACGGCCCACAAGGGCCUCGAAGCUACGUCGUGCUCGGCUGGGAGAUACUUCAGACAAUGAAUGUGUCGAUACUGAGAAAUCAGCCACUAACCCUGAAGCCACUGCUCCGGGCACCAAGCAGUCCACAGAGACAAAGAAGCUCUCCCGGCUGGACAUCCUCGCCAUGCCAAGGAAACGGGCAGGUUCGUUUACAGUGCCCAGUGACUCUGAGACAACGCAGUCAAGGCCAGGGUUUUCAGGCCGGAGUGUGGAGUCCUAUCGGAAGACGACGGCUGCUGCAGAGGUGAGAGCUGCGGCAAGGAAGAUGGCAGCUGCUGCCUCCACGAAGCAGCCUUUCAUCAGGACCCGUUCCAGCAGUGUCAAGUAUUCCUCCUCAUCCAGUUCAUCAAGGCGGAGACCACAGGGUUCAGAUUACACUUCUACUUCGGAGGAGGAAUAUGGCUCAAAUCACAGCUCCCCUAAACACAAACGCUCCCAUACUUCAACAGCCACACAAACACCAAGGAUACGUGGCUGUGGGCUGAGCAAGCAAAAGCACAACGGCAGAGAAACGGAUGAUGAUGAAGAUUUUGAUGACCAGUCUGACCCCUACAACUUCAUGGCGCAAACAGCGGAGAUAGCAGAAAUAGCCAGGCUCAGCCAAACCUUGGUGAAGGAUGUGGCCAUCCUUGCUCGAGAGAUUCAUGAUGUUGCUGGAGAUGGAGACUCGCAGAGUUCAUCGGGGACGGGACCAAGCACCUCCCUCAGCUCUGUGCCCAACACUCCUGCUUCCACCAUAUCAGCAAGAGAAGAGAUUGCUCGUAGAUCUUUUCGGCUGGCAUAUCCAUCUCAGUUGGUGCAGCGCAUUCCAGAAGCAAGUCUGAACUACCAGAAAGUGCCUCCUGGAUCAGUGGAACUGAAGGAUUUUGACCAAAAUAUGAACGAUAAUAGAGAAGAGGAUCCCUCAAGAAAAACAAGGACAAGAAACCGUGAGGAGGUAAUCUUUGACAAUCUGAUGUUGAACCCAGUGUCCCAGUUAUCACAUACAAUCCGGGAAAAUACAGAAAACCUAGCUGAAAAAAUGAAGAUUCUGUUUCAAAACUCAGAAAAGACCUGGGAGGAGAUGGAGGCCAAAAUGAAUUCAGAAAACGAAGUGCCAAUUCUGAAGACAUCAAACAAGGAAAUAAGUUCUAUCCUGAAGGAGCUCAGGAGAGUUCAAAAACAGCUUGAAGUCAUAAAUGCUAUCAUUGACCCUACUGGAAACUUGGAUAUAGUUGCCAGUAACAAAGCAUCUUCUGCUGCUAAACAGUCUACAGCCACUAAAGUCAGGACUGCUAACACUUCUGGGUCCACACUGGAGACUUUGUCCCCAGCACAGAUGAGAAACUACACACAGAAAUCGAACUGUGGGUCUUCUAGCGUACAAGAUUCAAACUUCAUUCCAGAUGGAGAGAAAUACGUGAUCUGA